GGGCAGACAGACAGACAGACAGACGACACGCCCACGGCUUCCUCCUCCUCCUCCUCCUCCCUCCUCCUCAGGUGAGGCCUGGACUGAGCGCCCGGGACACCGCCUACACCAGCGACACGCAGGUCUGCAGUCAUGAGCCACUCGAAAGCCAAGGAAGCCAAGAUGUUGGAGGUUCAGUUUGUGGGGGAUGACGACGUGCUCAAUCACAUCCUUGAAAAAGAAGAAGGGGCGAAACUCCGGCGGGACCGAGCGCAGUUGUUAGUCAACAUGAAGAAAUUCCUGAAGAAGCAAGAAUGUGAUUCAGCAGCCGAUGAGCAGGAAGUCCUGAAAGAGAAGAACUACGUGGACGUUCUAGGAACUGAUGCUCAAGAGUCCUUGAGGAACGGCUGCGGCGGUAGCAUCCGUGGCGGCAGCGAGGUGUACACUUUUCAGACCAGAAAACAUUCGGAAAAGAUGGCAGAGCUCGCUUCAGAACUAGCCAGAACGCCAGGGAAGAGCGUUCCCUCAGACUUGCAGGAGCGUUCGGAAAAGAUGGCGAGCACCCCCCAAAGUAGUAAGAAACGUUCUACUUCAGAAAAAACCCAGUCAAAGGUUAAAAAGAAGAAUGAAUUUGUUUCAACUACGCCUUACAGACUAAGGAAGAGACUGACAGUGCCGAGCUUGCGCUCAGACAGUGAAAGCGACUAUUCCGCGUCGGACUCAGAGGACGAGGAGCCGGCGGCGGCCCAGGAGGAGGAGGAGGAGAUGGUGGAAAUUCUGUCGGACCCGAAGCCUGCCACGAAGGACAGGCUGCCUUCGGCAGAGGCUCGCAAAAAAACGCCGGCGAAGAAAAUGAAGACGGACCCGACGACUGACCUGGUGGAAGAAUAUUUUGAAGCACACAGCAGUUCAAAGGUUUUAACGUCAGAUAGAACUUUACAGAAAUUGCAGAGAGCAAAACUGGACCAGCAAACUUUGCGUAACCUGCUCGACAAGGUUUCUCCCACCUUCUCUGCCGAACUGAAGCAGCUGAAUCAGCAGCACGAGCAACUGUUUCACAAGUGGAUGCUGCAGUUACACCUGAGGUUCAAUAUCGUGCUCUACGGACUCGGCUCGAAGAGGGACUUACUGGAAAAGUUUCGCACCUCCAUGCUGCAGGAUUCGGUCCACGUGGUCAUCAAUGGCUUCUUCCCGGGAAUCACUCUCAAAUCAAUUCUGAAUUCUAUAACGGAGGAGGUCCUCGAUCACAUGGGCACUUUCCGCAGCGUGCUAGAUCAGCUGGACUGGAUAAUCCACAAAUUUAAAGAAGACUCGUCCUUGGAGCUGUACCUCCUGAUCCACAAUCUGGACAGCCAGAUGCUGAGGGGAGACAGAAGCCAGCAAAUUCUGGGCCAGCUGUCGGCCCUGCCGAACGUCUACCUCAUUGCUUCGAUCGACCACCUCAACGCCCCUCUCAUGUGGGACCACUCAAACCAGAGUCUUUACAACUGGCUGUGGUACGAAACCACGACGUAUAAUCCCUACAUCGAAGAAACGUCCUACGAGAACUCGCUCCUUGUGCAGCACUCGGGAGCUCUGGCCCUCAGCUCCCUGACGCACGUCAUCCGCAGCCUCACCCCCAACGCGAGGGGGAUUUUCCGGCUAUUGACAAAGUAUCAGCUGGACAAUAAGGAUAACCCUUCCUACAUCGGGCUGUCGUUUCAGGAUUUCUAUCAGCAGUGCCGCGAGGCGUUCCUCGUCAACAGUGACCUGACCCUUCGGGCCCAGUUGACCGAAUUCAGGGACCACAAGCUUAUCAGGACGAAAAAGGGAGCUGACGGAGCGGAAUAUUUCUUCAUCCCCGUGGACACGGGGACCCUGCUAGAUUUCCUGGACAAGGAGGAGGAGGAGGAAGCCUGAAAGAAGCGCCCGGUUUGUGCCGGCGCGGGGAGUCCGUCCGUCCGUCCGUCCGUCCGUCCUGCAGCCGGCGGCUCGGUUUCCCCGGACCGGGCGGAGGAGCGGCUUUUCCGUUCCUGUGCCCGGGGAGAGUGGGAAGACAAGACAGCCACGCGCGGUGGGGACUUCCCUCCUCUUCCUCCCCGGAGCGGUCCCGCCCGCCCGCUCGGUUGGGUUGGCCGCCUUCUCCGGCCCCCCGGGCGGUCCUGCCUCCGUCCCGCUCGCGAAAAUGUGCCUUUGGUCCCUUACCUCGCCGGAGCCUCGCCCCGCAGCCGGAGCGCGCCCUCGGAGCCGACGGGGCCGUGACCCGCCGAGGAAGCCGCCGGCCGGACCACGCGGUAAGAAGCGCCGCUCCCUUUUUGGCGUCUCCUCCCGUCUUGGGGACGGAGGGAUGGCAUUUCCGAGGGGACGCUCGGAGCGGUCCCUGAAGCGCCCGGACGGGAAGCCAGGCCGGAAGGGCAGCGGGACUCCCGCUCCUCUGUUUCGUAAACUGAUUUCAACGGCAGUGGGGAAUAAAAGUUUUUCAA